GUCCGUGUCAUGGAGAACUUCAGGAAGGUGCGGACGGAGGAGGCGGGGGCGGAGGCGGGGCCCGGGUCGGGGCCGGGGUCGGGGCCGGGGCCGGGGCCGGGGCCGGGGCCGGGCAGCCCCCGGGCCUUCUCGGACCUGGCCCCGGGCGCCCUGGAGAUGCGGGUGAAGGAGGGCAGCAAGAUCCGGAACCUGCUGGGCUUCGCGGCGGCGAGGAUGGAGCUGCCGGCCACCCGCCGCAUCGUCUUCAGCGGCUGCGGCCGCGCCGUCACCAAGACCAUCACCUGCGCCGAGAUCCUCAAGCGCCGCUCCGACGGGCUCCACCAGCUCACCCGCCUCCGCUACCGGGGCCUGCGGGAGGUGUGGGAGAGCCGGACCCCGCACGCCACUGCCCCGGACCCCGCCGCCGCCGCCGCCCCGCCGCCCCGCAGCCUCACCGUCCACAAGAACGUCCCCGCCGUCAGCAUCCUCCUCUCCAAGGACCCGCUGGACCCCGGACAGCCCGGCUACCAGCCCCCCGACCCCCGUGGACCCUGGCCGUACACCCAAGCAGAAGGACCCAGAGAGAUGACCCCAGAGAGGAUGACCAAACCAGAAGAUGACUACAUGGGCUUCAAAGUAACAUUCUUAGCAGGGUGA